UCCUGGGUUGUGGCCUUCCAGCCAAUUUGAUCAGGACAAAGCUACAGUGAGAGGAGAAGCAGAAUUCCCUUUGAACUGCACAGGAUUUGAAGGCCAAGAAAUACUCCCAAACGUUUUCCACUUCGGCAACAAAUACAGCUUGUUACACUUCUACAUAAUACUCUUGUUUUUGAGGAAGUAAUCCAUACAGCAGAUCCCUGAGGUAGAUAUGAUUUAAAGUCCAAAGCUGACAAACAAGGUUGUGUACUUGAUGAUGAAAUUGGCAAAGCAUUUGAGAUUUACAUCCUAUAAAAGCUCUGUCUGCCGUAUGAAUAAUCAAACUGAUCUCACCAGUCCUAGUGCAGACAAGGAACAGUCUAGGUGUGGUGGAAGAUGUCUGAAGUUGAUGUCAAUGAGAAUGAUGAUCGAUUUAUGUUCAAAUAUCGAGGAAUAUAUUUUCAGGCUACGUAUACUUCACCCCAAACAAUAGAUUCUGUCCAGGACUUUGAAGUUAAAGACAGUGACGUUUUUCUGGUUACAUUUCCAAAGUCUGGGACAGUCUGGACACAGCAGAUUCUGAGCCUAAUAUUCAAUGAAGGUCAUCGGAAUGGAACAGAAAAAAUUGAUAAUAUGUCCAGAGUUCCAUGGAUUGAAUAUAACCUUUACCAAAUAGACUAUGACAGCCGCCCCUCUCCUCGUCUUUUUACAUCACAUUUGCCUUAUUAUUUAGUUCCAAAGGAUCUCAAGAACAAGAAAGGUAAAAUCAUUUACGUUGCCAGAAACCCAAAGGAUGUGGCUGUUUCAUACUAUCACUUUUAUAAAAUCAUUGUGGGAAUAACACAAAAAAAGGAUUGGGAAUCAUUCCUGGAUGAUUAUUUAUCAGGGAAAGUGCUAUGCAGUUCUUGGUUUGAUCAUGUUAAAGGAUGGUACAACCACCAGGAAGAUUUUAAUAUUUUAUUUCUGACAUAUGAGGAGAUGAAAAAGGACCUACGAUCCGCUGUGCUGAAAAUUUGUAGAUUUGUGGGGAAAGAACUUAAGGAGCUAGAAGUGGAAGCUAUUGUAGAAAAAGCAACUUUCCAUAAUAUGAAACAGGACCCUCUUGCUAAUUACACUUUUGUAGCAGAAGACAUUUUUGACUUUAAUAAAGGAACUUUUCUUCGGAGAGGUGCUGUUGGCGAUUGGAAAAACCUAAUGACGGUAGCACAAAAUGAGAAGUUUGAUAAGUUUUAUAAUGAAAAGAUGAAAGAUGUACCUAUGAACUUUACUUGGGAUAUCAAUGAGGGAAACUGAAUUGUAUAUCAUCGUCUAUAACUAAAAAAGUUUUGAGACCUAAAGAAAAACCUUCAUGUUUUUUUAACAAUAAUAAUAAUACAAUAGCAUAUCUUUAAAUAUUAAUGUAGUUUCUUUACCCAUGGUGCCUUGUCUAGACAAAAUACAGCAUCGCCCCUGUGCUGGGUUAAAUUUACAUCUAUCCAGUUAUCUCUCCUGAGGUUCUUUCUGAUUAUUCUAUAAUAAAACUAUUCAUACA